CCACGCGUCGCAAUCGCAGCCAAGGAUUUCUCAGAGAAAUAUCUUCGUAGCGCUAGGGUUUAGGGUUUACUACGGGCGGGAAGAAUGCAUCGCGUAGCGCUGCAUCCGGGCGCUACGACGAUCACCCCCGCAUUUGGGGGGCUCAAAUUCAAUCGCAAGUGCUCGCUCAUUCGGGCAGUCGCUGGAAAUGGUCCGUCGAGGGGCUUCUCUUCCGCUACGAAGAAGCAGCGAGAGGACACGAGGUAUGGCGAAGAGGAGUAUUGGAACAAACGCUACGCAGAGGAGGCGUUCAUGACAUUCGAUUGGUAUCAACGCUAUGCUGAUCUCCAACCAAUUUUGAAGAAGCAUAUACCAAAAUCUGCCCGGGUUUUGAUGGCUGGCUGUGGCAAUGCGGUUAUGUCCGAGGAUAUGGUGAGAGAUGGCUAUCAAAACAUUGUCAACGUAGAUUACUCGUCCGUUUUGAUCAACGCUUUGCAGUAUAAGUACAAACACAUGCCUCAACUUUCAUAUAAAACCAUGGACGUUCGGAACAUGGGCGAAUUCAAAGACAAUACUUUCGAUGCUGCAAUUGACAAAGGUCUGGUAGAUGCGAUGGUUUGUGCGACUAACGGUGCGGGAGACGUAACCCAGAUGCUGCGAGAGAUGUACAGGGUCAUAAAACCGGGUGGCAAUUUUGUCAUGGUUACGUAUGGCUUCCCUCUCAUCAGAGUGCCCGCUUUGAUGGACCGGGGCAUGAGUUGGAUCACAAACUGCUGGAUUCUGCCUAAACCAUACUCCGGGAGCGAGCUCUCCGAAUACCCGAACCCCAUCCCCAUGGAAGUCCAAAACUUUAUCAACACAAAGCAAGAGCAUUACGCGACUGGCACCAAUUUUGUCUACGUUGCCACCAAGCGCUCAUAGACGAGCUAAGUGCGCACACAUCUAGAGGUCGGUCGGCGCGGUACUCUGGUUUCUCUUUUAUAGCUUUCUCCUCGUCGUCGUUCGUGGAUCGUAUCCUUCCCGCUGGAAUCUCGUCAAUCGUUCUAAAAGCAGCAAAGUACGCUCGAGGGGUAAGGGAGGAACUUUAGACUUUAGACCAUGGAAAGCUUGAUCGAGUACGAGCUUAAUAGAAUCACAAAGCUUUGGCAAGAAUGAA